CGGGAGCCGCCCCGCCCGGCCCCGCUCCGCCCGGCCCGGCCCCGGCACGGCCCGACGCGCAGGGCGUGGGGCUGCGGCGCCGCCGGCGAGCAGGUGACAGCGCGGGCCGCCCCGCGCCGUGUGCGCGACAUGAGCGCGGCCGCGUAGCGCCGGGCUGCCCGCAGGGGCGGCGCUGCCUCUGCCCCCCCCCCCACCCCCCGGCUCCGGACGCCCCGGCAGGGACCGCUCCUCAUGUCUCCCAGAUAAAAAAAAUAAAAGCGACUCCCUUCUCCCGGCCGCAGUCGCCCCCGAGCCCGGCCAGGCGCGGGGCGGCCCCGCCGCGCCCCAUGGACAUCGCCGCGGGCCCCGAGUCCCUGGAGCGGUGCUUCCCGCGGGGGCAGCCGGACUGCGCCAAGAUGCUGGACGGCAUCAAAAUGGAAGACCACCCCUUGCGCUCGGGGCCGGCCACCCUGGGAGUGCUGCUCGGGUCGGACUGCCAGCACCAGGCCGUGUGCGAGGGCUGCCAGAGGCCCAUCUCGGACCGGUUCCUGAUGCGGGUGAACGAGUCGUCCUGGCACGAGGAGUGCCUGCAGUGCGCGGCGUGCCAGCAAGCCCUCACCACCAGCUGCUACUUCCGGGACCGAAAGCUCUACUGCAAGCAGGACUACCAACAGCUGUUUGCUGCAAAAUGCAGUGGCUGCAUGGAAAAGAUCGCCCCAACAGAAUUUGUGAUGCGAGCCUUGGAGUGUGUUUACCACUUAAGCUGCUUCUGCUGCUGUGUUUGCGAACGGCAGCUGAGGAAAGGGGACGAGUUUGUUCUUAAGGAAGGACAAUUGCUCUGCAAAAGUGACUAUGAAAAAGAGAAAGACUUGUUGAGCUCGGUCAGCCCGGACGACUCAGACUCAGUUAAAAGUGACGAUGAAGAUGGGGAUGUUAAGCCCACCAAAGGACAAGUAACCCAAGGAAAGGGAAGUGAUGAUGGGAAGGACCCAAGACGACCUAAACGACCAAGGACAAUACUUACUACGCAGCAGAGGCGAGCAUUCAAAGCAUCCUUUGAAGUGUCUUCCAAGCCCUGUAGGAAGGUCAGAGAAACGCUAGCAGCUGAAACAGGACUCAGCGUGCGAGUUGUCCAGGUCUGGUUUCAGAACCAAAGAGCAAAGAUGAAAAAACUAGCACGAAGGCAUCAGCAGCAGCAGGAGCAACAAAACUCACAGCGACUAGGGCAAGAAGUGAUGUCCAACCGAAUGGAAGGAAUGAUGACAUCUUACACACCACUUGCACCGCCACAGCAGCAGAUUGUAGCAAUGGAUCAAAGCAGUUAUGGCACAGACCCAUUUCAGCAGGGUCUUACCCCUCCACAAAUGCCAGGCGACCACAUGAACCCUUAUGGAAACGACUCCAUUUUUCAUGAUAUCGACAGUGAUACCUCUUUAACUAGCUUGAGCGACUGUUUUCUUGCCUCUUCCGAAGUUAACUCCAUGCAGGCUAGAGUAGGAAACCCCAUUGACAGGCUGUACUCUAUGCAGAGCUCGUAUUUUGCCUCAUGAAAGUAAAAGAAAAGAAACAGCCGACGUAUAUUUAGCCAGUGACUUUUUCCAGUGCAGACUCUACAGCCAUAUGUUGCCCAGCUCUUCCUUCACAGUGACUCCUGCUGCCUCUGGACUGCAAAGAGCAUUUUUAGGAAGACUGUAUCUGUGUGCAUAUAUGUGUAUGUAUGUAUACAUAUAUAAAAAUACCUACCUACAUACAUACAUAUAUAUAAACAAAACACAUCCACCAGUCCCAUCCGCUUGAUUCCCCGCUUGCACCAGACCACGACACAAGCAUGGAAGGAACAGAAGACCCUGCUCUUCGGCAGACUUUGGUUUGGUUUGGUUUGAGCUCAUCAUUGUAGAGGAAAUGGAUUUUGCGGAAAGCUAGACCUUUCCUUCCUUUCUCUCUUCCUUUCUUUUGGAUGUUUAAACAUUUUUUUAAAGCCACUGAUACUGACAUCAGUCAACCAUAUGACAAAUAAAUCAAAGAAACUGGAGAUUCCUCCCUUUUCUUACUGCAUGAUUCAUACUAUGUUGUGGAUAAAUUGCCAUUCGAACUGUGAGAAGUUAAUGUAAAUGUGACGUUCAACAUUUGUUUCCUUUCUACACAUUUUCUACAUAACCUAGAUCUGCUCAUUAGUUUAUAGCCCUUACGCAUCUGAUACUGAGGAAACUGGUUAAUGGCGAUACGUGUGGAGAAUGCCAGUGAUUUCAUAAUAAGAAAGAUCUGUGACCCUGGAGAGGAGAUGCAUCUUAGGGACAGAGGCAUUUAGGUUAGUAUUGAUCUUAAAUAAUUAAAAACUAAAGGUGCUUACAAGACAGAGUUUUAUUUAAUUUUUUUUGGAGUGUGAGAAUAAAACAUUUACAUUUGUUUGUAAUUAUUGAGGUGCCAAAUUUCAAGUCUAGACCAUGAUUGGCAAACAUGUUAUUCAUUCUGUUCUGUUUAUUUCUGUUUUGCAUGAGGCAUGAAUGUGCUAUGCUCCAUUGUCCAUCUGGAAUAAUUAAGCACUACUUUGAUUAAAUUAUCUCGCCUCAGCAAGAUUCUAUGAUAUACAGUUCUAGCCUGAGCCAUCAGAAGUCCUGAAAUGUGUACCAGCUGGGUGAAAAAAAGGUAUGGAAGAGAUUACAAUGGGAGAUUUAAAUAUGUUGAGCUGGAGUCUAUCCCAAGUCCUGCAGGGACACUGACGGGACUCCUGUAUUUGACAAUAAAUGCUGUAACUGAUCCAAUUGAGAGAAGAACAAGGACACAGAUUGAAGGGAACAUCCCAGCUGAAGUAUGAAUGUCUCAGAUGCUAAAGUUGGAGCAUAUGUCAUAUAGGUUUUCGUAGGGCAUAAAAUAUAAUAAAUAAUAAUAGUAUAGUUAUAAAUAUUACCUGGUGAUAAUUAUAAUGCAGAGAGGCAGACAAGUACGGUCAUGGCUCUUAGUGGAGAAAACUUCAUGGGGAAAAUUUGCCAGGGUAAUAUCUGUAAUUAUGGGGUGUGUUCAAAAUAGAGCUCAUGGGGAAAGAUUGGCAGGAUAGGCACUUUCUUAAAUAAAUACCUUUAAUAUAUUGACCAUAAUAGCUGAAAACAAGUCCAAAGCAUUGGUUAAUCCAACUACUCCAGGCUGGGGACUGGUACCAGCCAGGCUGCCGAGUCUCCCGUGGGGAUCAGCACCUUUUGCAGGAGCGUGGAACUCCCUGGCACUCCAUCUUGACGGGGGGAGGCCAGAGUAGGGCUGCUGGGGUGCUGCCCACCCCUUCACCACAGAGAGGGUCCUCCUUGGGUCCCGGAGGGGUGAGUGGCAAGGAUCAGUGAUAGGUCCAAGGGCAACAGUAAGAACGUGCUCCUCCCCGGCGCGUUAGCGGUUUCUUGAGAAAGCAAUGUUUUAUCUGCAAGAUAAGUGCGUGAGUUUCUGCUCUGUGGAGGCAAGGAAAGCCCUGGGGGAGACGGCUCCACGUGUGCAAUGCAGGAGAGCAAAGUGCAGAACCCAGGCAGACCCUUCCUGCUGUGGCACGGUGGCAGACCCAGUGCCUGCCACACACAGAGCCCUUCAUGAGAGAAGGGGCUGAUGUCUGUGAGGAUGCCAGGGUGACACUCCCCUCCCUGCAGGCCCCCGUGCCCAGGGAGAUAGAUCUGUCAUACCCAUAUCCUUUUGCUAGCGACCAUUCUCACUUUCUGACAGGGAUGUGGAUUUUCAGGUGAAAGUUGUGAGCCCCUGGAUGUGUUCUGAAAUUGGAAGAAUUUUCUUUUCUUUUCCCUUCACUUAUUUUUCCUCUUCCUUGUGUAUCAAAAUAAAUAACAAUUUCCUUUUUGCAUGGUAGCAAACAUCUAUAAAGAACUCAGGUGAUCCUCAUUGCUUGCAGGGCAGCAGGCAAGCAGAUUUCAUAUGGCACAUUAUAAAUAUUUGUGACCACCUAUGUCAAUGGAUUCAUCGGUUUUCUUUCCACCCUUCUGCUGUGUUACUUUAGAGUCCUAGAAAAGUAUCUUUGCCAUCUCAAACAUACCAGGUUUAUAGACUUUACAUAUAGACACAACCUUGCUGCAUCCCUCAUUACUGGCAGGAUCAAAAUGGCAUUUAUAGUGUUUACAGGGACUUAUAUAAGAACUAUAAUGUGACCUGCAGUUUGGAGAACUGCCUUGUCCCAACUCUACCUCUGCUUCUGAGCUGGAUGUUGAAAAAAACAAUCCAUUUCCAAGGAAAGAAUGAGAUAUCCCACUUCAUAGCUGAAGUAACCAUCGUCUUUUGCUGAUUUUUUAGAUGACUGCCGCCUUUUUUUUUUUUCUUUUCAUUGCUUGUACAUGCCAUCUCCUCUUCCCUCAAUGUAUCAUAUGAUGCCUUAGCUGUUUGUUCCUCUGUGCUCUACCAUCUCUGGUGCCGCAUGCAUGACACAGUCAAGCUCUCUGACGUGCAUAACAUUUCCCAUGCUACUGUGGGUUGCUGCUGGUCAAGGGGAGGAAUGCAUAGCCAAUGAUUUCCAGUGGACACAUUAUAUCUGGCAAAGGCCAAAGUUCAUUAAAGCAAAAUAAAUGUCACUUUUUUUGUGUCGAAUGAAUUACCCUACUGGAGUGUGAUCAUUGUGGUUUUAACCUGGGACCUGCAGUAAAAGAUUAUGUAGCAACCUCUGACCUUUUUGAUUUCUGCUUUACUCUUCUAUUGUCAAGGGAAUGUCACCAAUCAGGUGAAAGUAAAGCGUUUAAUGGGCCGUAUCACAGUAAUAUCUUGCACUGAGUCAAAUUGAUAAACUCUUGCCAAAAAAUCUUAGCAUCUGGCACUUCCACGGAAACCACAAACAAUGAUUGCACAUAUGGGAGCUCAAAGGCUAUAGAGGUCAUGACAGCAGUUUAUUACAUGCACCUUACAGUGAUCAUUUUCCCUAGGAAGUUAACCCCUCUCUAAUACAGAUGCAUGAAGUGAGCUCUUCACGGUGUUUCAGUCGUGUUGUUUUGGUUAAGCAAGGAAUACAUGUUAAGCUAAAGUGGUGACAAGAUGCAAUUAAGUAAAAGAUGAUUGAUUAGGUUUCAGUGUUUGCUCAAUAAUGUUUGACAAAGAUGAUGGUGUGAUCAGAAUGAAUAGCUAGGCACUAGCUUCCUCAGAGGUCUUUAUUGUGCAGUUACCAGACCUGUAACGGUAACACCUAGCGAUUUCCUGGCAGUCAGAAAUGGUUAUGGAACAGCGUGUCUCUCGAUGCCGCUGCUGGGCUCUGGGCCGGGCAACAGCACGUUUCCAUUGCAGGGCUGGCUUCCAAGGGGACGGUUCCUACCACACGCUGCUGUUCUUGGCCCCUCAUUUACCACAGCCCUCUGGAUUAAACCCUGCACCUGAAGCUGUAGGGGCUGGUGGUAAAUGUGUUUUUCAGUCGCGAUGUAGAAGGCAAUUAUGUUGGUGUAAGUAAAUUGUGGAGGUUGCAGUCACUAAGAUUGAAAACGCCAUCCUAAGCAUUUUGAUCAUUUCUUUAAAUGCUGUCAUCCAAAUCAUCCAGAUCACUUGGCUCAGUUGCUGCUAACCGUGCCUGAGAUGUGGCUCACCUGAGUCUCGUGAUGGCUGCUGAGUGGAUUUUUCAGACCCACCCUGCAUGAGUUGAUGAGCAUUACCAGGUCCUUCGAAGGGGUCAUUGCCGCUCCGUCAGCAGCAACUCAGCCACUCUGCUGCACUGCCAUUGCAUGGGGAAGGUCCUUCAUGCUGCCAAACCUUCCAGGGAUGAUGUGAACCCACUUACCUCUUCCUACUGUGCUCAGGACUCCCUUCCAAUUUCCUUAAGGAUGUGAAAUAUGUCCCAAGCCACCGCCCAAGGGAACCCAGCUCUGCGAUGCUGCUAGGGAUGCUGCAAGCUGGGGUUUGUGAGAGCACUUCUUUGAACUGUGUCAUAAUAAUUCUGCUUGUCCCCAAAAGUCACUAGAAGUCAACAGCAGAAUCCAGGAGGAAGGGAAGGGUUCUUCCAAGCCUGGAGCUUGGUCACAACAGUGGAAGGACAGAGAGGCUGCUGAAGCAUGUCAGACCCAUAAGAGCUGGAGCCGCAGUACCCAAAGUCUCAAGUGCUCAGGAUAGUGCUUUACCCAAGCCUGUGCCCAGACCGUGAAGUGCAUUGCUGAGGAACAGACACUCCCCCUGUGUGUGCGUCACCUCCAGCCCACCCUCCUCACCUCAGUGGCACAAACAGCCAACUGCUGCACCACAGCAGCAUGGCCAGGGCUUUGGGCCGCUCCUCACUCCAGUGACGGGGUGCUUGGACACUUGCUUGCCUCUUGGCAGGUACCUGCAGUCUUUUGGCUUUGGUGGGGUUUAAGCACAGUCUUGCUCAUUUGAGGCCUGUCGGAAUAAGCUGACGGCCACCUGCCCUCCUCGAGGAUGCAGCCCGGGUCCCUUUGGUUCCACACAACCUGUGUCUGCUCAGCAGGAACUGUGAAGGGGCUGCCAGAUACUUUGCAUUGGGAACUCUGUUUUUAUGUGAACACCCUAUUUUUUAGCUGUGUAUGGCUGUAUUACUUGUAUAUUUAUAUAUUCUGUAUUUAUGUUAUCGAAAUGUAGUAUUUUGUAGCUGUCUGUUACAAUUUGUUUAACUUGUAAAAAAUAUGACUAUGCUCUCUCAUACUUAACCGUAGAUUCUCUGAUCCUUUCCCCUCUGUUGGUAACAAACCAACCUAAUGUAUGUAGAUCGGAUUUUUUUUUUUAAUUUAAUUACUUGUCAUUGUUAAAUUAUUUAUUAGUGUUUUAAAUUUUCAUUUCACUGCUUUUUUUUCCCUGCCACCAUUGCCUGGCGGCUAAGAUACAUGAGUUUCUCAUACAUUAUGCUCCUUCCCAUGUGCACGUGCGUGCGCACACACACACUCUCUAAAUAAAAACAGAAAAAAAGAGAGAUUACACUUCAGUAUAUUUGUAAAUAAAAGCAACCUGUAAACAAAGCAGGAUUUUCCGUCGUGUGCAGUUCUUUGCUUUUCCAGACUGGAAGUGUGUUCUCUGUGUACUGGGGAUGGCACCACUGUUCCCUUAGACAGGAAAACCAGAGGACUGUGACAGCAGUGCGCUGC